GUGUUGCAAUAUUUUAAAUAUUCAAAAUACACAUAUAUUGCCCAAGUUCAAGUGCAUUUGCAUUGAAGUGAGAAUACGUAGUGUAAAGCCCAAAGGAAUUCCAUAAAAAUACAAGCCGAAAGAGAGGAAGACAACUCCAGCAUCAACAAAAUACACAAUAACAACAAAUCAAUCUAUUUAAAAAUAUAUAUAGAUAAAAACAAAACUUCCCGAAACGUUUGCUUAUGCUUUUUUGUUGCUGGCAAACCUGAGGUUCAACUUUUCAAAUUGAGAACGCGAACAUCUGUGGUGAUACGUGACUCUUUUACGGGGCAACGUCGUCAAUUUCAGCGAACGCUUUUCUAAGUAAUUUACAAAGCUGCAAGAACAACAACAACAAGAACCAAAUCCUAUUAACAAAAUGACCGAUGUAUCGCAUGAAUUGGGCGCCCUACGCUUUGUAGUGGACUCGCCGCUAUCGUCAAAGGUGGCCAUGUUUAACAAUCAGGCGACACAGCAUAAGCAGUCGCAGCUAUUGAAUCCAUUCUCGCACGACGGUCGCGCCUCCUCGCCGAAGCCAACUUUCUCCAAGGAUCAGUAUGGUAAGCCGCUGGCUGGCAGUCUAACAGAGAUGCGCGGCCAGAAGGCCAAUAUGCAUGUAAUGAAGGAAAUGCUGGAGCUGUGUCAGAUCAUUGACUCCGAGGGCUACCAAGUGAAGGAUGAGCCCACCAUGCGGGUCAUACCCUUUGGGGAGUUGUUCAACAUUUACAACUACAUUUCGGACAAAGUGGUUGGCAUUCUGUUGCGUGCCCGCAAGCACAAGCUACUGGACUUCGAGGGUGAGAUGCUGUAUCAGCGUCGCGAUGACGAUGUGCCCAUCUUUUUGCUUCGACCCAUUGUGGAAAUACGCCGCGAGCUGAAUGCCAAAGUUGAGGACAUUAAACGGGGCGCCAGUCCAGCGCCUCAAUCUACAUCGGUGCUGCUUGACAAAACUGCGCACGAGCAGAAUCUAAAGGUGUUGGAGGAGAAACGCCGCGUGUCCAAGUCUCGUACACCGUCGCCGGCUGUCAAAUCGAAAUCUAGAUCAAAAUCACCUACGCCUGAGGUGCGAGAUAAAGCCGAGGCUGAAUCUAGUGAAGCAGCAGCAGCAGCAGUACCAUCUACUGCUCCCGUUGCAAUUGAAGUUGCACCUACUAAAACGCCAGUAGAGGCAACUGUGCCGAUUGUUGUUAUUGAUCAGCCAGCUGCAAUAGAAAUUGCAUCUAAAGAAGUGACACCAGCAGCGACAACAAAAGAGGAGCUGCCGGCCAGUGAAUCCCAAACGGCUGAAGUACCACCUGAAGCUGCUUCGCCUGCUGAUUCAGCUGAUACUCCUACUGCUGUGCCUGCUGAUGCUGUACCAGUUUGUGCUGCUCCUGAUGCUUCUCUAGCUGAACCCUCAAAUGAGUUGCCCACAAUUGUUAUUGAAGCCAGCGCUACAUUUGUGCGCACAGUUAGCGUGGAGCAGGUUUCGGAACAGGUUUCAGAGCAGGUGGGAACUGCCGAGAAUGCCUAAGGAAAAUAGCGAGAUCCAGUGGAGUUCAACAACCGGACUUAUGAGAAUGUUUCGAAAGAGUUCGCAAACUAGUAAAGCGGCAGCUUUAAAUUGCAGUAAUCUAGAUUUAAAGCAUAGUUUAACUUUAUAAUUAGGUGUUUAAACAGCACUGAAGACACUAAACAGAGAAAAAGAAAAACAAACAAACAAAGGAAAAGAGAGAGA